CAUCUCUUCACUGAGCUGCAUUCCUGAUCAUCCACCCGUACACCACAUCCGUAACCUCACAAACGUCAUCAUGGUUGGCAAGAAGCAGCCCGUCUACGUCCUCGGCGUGGGCAUGACCAAGUUCAUCAAGCCUCGCGGCAAGGUGGACUACCCCGAGCUCGGCUUCGAGGCUGGUGUCAAGGCCAUGCUCGACGCGCACAUCAACUACGAUGAGGUCGACCAGGGCGUCGCAUGCUACUGCUACGGCGACUCAACAUGCGGUCAGCGCGUCUUCUACCAGUUCGGCAUGACUGGUAUCCCGGUGUACAAUGUCAACAACAACUGCUCAACAGGCAGUACCGGUCUGUACAUGGGACGAAACAUGAUUGCGCACGGUGCCGCAGACUGCGUGCUGGUCGUCGGUUUCGAGAAGAUGUUCCCAGGUAGUCUGCAGAGCUUCUUCCAGGACCGAUCGAACCCAACAAGCACGACCAACUUGAUGAUGAAGGAGACGAGGGGCGUCACCAACUCGCCAGGUGCCGCUCAGCUAUUUGGCAAUGCUGGUCGGGAACACAUGGAGAAAUACGGCUCCAAGCUCGAAGACUUUGCCGAGAUUGCUCGCAUCAACCACGCCCACUCAAAGAAGAACCCCUACUCGCAGUUCCAGGACGAGUACACCCUCGAGCAGGUCGUCAAGUCCACCAUGAUCCACGAGCCCCUCACAAAGCUUCAAUGCUGCCCUACAUCCGACGGUGCCGCCGCCGUUGUCCUUGUCUCCCAAGAGUUCCUCGACAAGCGACCAGACCUCAAGGACCAGGCCAUCCUGAUCGCUGGUCAGCGUCUCGCUACCGACACACCAAACCUGUUCAACCGCAGUGCGAUUGAGCUUGUUGGAUACAGCAUGAGCGAACUUGCUGCGAGGGAAGCACUUGCUGAGGCCAACACCUCGCCCGACGACGUCAAGGUCUGCGAGCUACAUGACUGCUUCUCAGCAAACGAGAUGGUCACCAUUGAGGCUCUCGGUCUUGCACCCCGAGGCAAGGCUCAUGAGUUCAUCCGCAAGGGCGGAAUCACCUACGGCGGCAAGGUCGUCAUCAACCCCUCUGGAGGUCUCAUCUCCAAGGGCCACCCACUCGGAGCUACCGGUCUCGCACAGUGCUCCGAACUUGUCUGGCACCUACGUGGCUGGGCCAACAACCGCUCAGUCAAGGACACCAAGGUCGCUCUGCAACACAACCUCGGUCUCGGUGGCGCUGUCGUGUGCACAGUAUACAAGCGUGCUGAUGGCAGCGCGGCGACUGAUCUGUCUGACGAGCAGGUCGGUAAGGUGACUGGUCUCGGCUACAACCCAGCCACACAAGCAAAGGGCUUCACAAAGCAGCAGGUUGACUCUGUGCGAAGCAAGAAGGCGAGGAGUGAAUGGGCGCUGGGUGACACUGAGCAAAAGGUCGAGGCGCGAUUCUAAGCGGAGCAAGAGUGUCAGCGUUUUGUAUAUAUGAAAUGUAAUCGCAAGACGUUUCCCGUCCAACGACGACCACCAAAG